CUAGAACAUGGAAAGCCGUUUCAAAAUCUGGCAACACUGCGCUACCAGCUGUCCCUAUUAUAUAGGCACAUUAUUAUUAUUGGCCCCUUUUCGUUUUGAGAAUUUUAAAUAAAAUAUCGUAGCACAAGAUGGCUAAGGCACCGGAAAGCAUAUCCCUGGAUCAGCUGGAUAAGGAUCAAAUGAAGACGUUUUCCGACUUCCUGAUGUCCUACAACAAACUGUCCGAGAUUUGCUUCACGGAUUGCAUACGCGACUUUACAUCGCGGGAUGUGAAGGAUUCCGAGGAGAAGUGCUCGAUGAACUGCAUGGAAAAGUAUCUGAAGAUGAACCAGCGCGUAUCGCAGCGCUUCCAGGAGUUCCAAGUCAUUGCCAACGAGAACGCCCUGGCCAUGGCUCAAAAGACUGGCAAACAUUAGGUGUUAUAGCUGUUACAAACAAUCUUAACUAGUUUAGACAACUGAGAUGAUGCAUUUUCCUGCAUUUGUCAAAAUAGCUAAGUAAAGAAACGCGUUGACGGAAUCCCGAC